CAACAGCGCCUUAGACACGUCAGACGUUGGGGUGCUGGGUGAAGUGUGCGCGAGGGCUCAGACCGAGCGGACAGAGCGGAGCAGAAUGAGUGUGUUGGUGGUGUUGGUCCUCACCGUGGCAACAGUCAGCCCAGCGACGGUCAGCCCGGCGGUCACCGUGGCAACCCCCGUGGCGACCCAGCUUCUCUCGGCGAUGUACGGCAGCCUGCAGUCCCCUAACUUCCCCGAGCCGUACCCCCCCCACUCGUCGCUACGCUGGAACAUCACGGUCGCCCCCGGUUACAGGCUCCGCCUCUACUUCAGCCACUUCCACCUGGAGCCCUCCUACCUCUGCCAGUACGACUACGUUCAGAUAGAGGCUGAUGGGGAGCUGCUGGGCCUGUUCUGUGGUCUGGACCCGACUGAUACCGAGGCCGUCCCGUCUCAGAUCAUCUCGUCUCCCAGGAACUCUCUGAGUCUCUUCUUCUGCUCAGACUUCUCGAACGAGGAGAGAUACCCGGGAUUCCUGGCCCACUACAGCACAGAGGAUGUAGAUGAGUGCAGUGAGCAAAGUGAUGAAGAACUCGUCUGCGAUCAUUUCUGUCACAACUUCAUCGGAGGAUACUACUGUUCCUGUCGCUACGGUUACCUGCUGCACCAUGACAACCGCACCUGCAGAGGUAAGCCUCCUGUUGCUAUGGUUACCUGCUGCACCAUGACAACCGCACCUGCAGAGGUAAUGUGA